AUGGAUACAGUGUCAGUAUUGAAUGAACUGCGGGCUCAGUUUCUACGGGUGUGUCCAGAGAAAGACCAAAUGAAAAGGAUAAUAAAACCUUAUAUACCUAUAGAUGAAUUCAACUCGGAGCAGUGUCUGGAUUCUUCUAUCCGUGAAUUAUACACAAACAUGGACGGUGUCAGUAUACUUCCUGAAUUAGAGUCUCCGCCGAUUUCCAAGGAUUUCAUGGAAAACUAUGCCACAUUAGGGAAAAUGAGAAUUACGAGAGAAAGUGAAGGCCAAAAAGGAAACACUAGCCAGAACUUAAUACGAGAGAGGAAAAUUGAAGACGACGAGGGAAACAAAAUAAGUCAACAGGAUAAAAGCGCAAAAAAUACUUUAAUAGUCGAGGAGAACGGAACGCUUCGUUAUAACCCACAAAAUUCAUCAACAUCGAAUUCGCUUUUAGUUGGUGAUGACGAAACUAAUGAUAAGCGCCAUAAGAUGAGCUCCAAGGAGGGUUCGUAUUCAAAUAGCUCAAUGGAGCUACAAAAAAAAUCUAGCAAGAGGUCAUCAUUACCUUUUGUAAGAAUAUUUAAAAGUCGAAGGGACCAUUCCAAUACUUCUGGAAGUAAGAAUGCUGUCAACUCGACGAACACAAGAACAAGAACGUCAACCUUGCACUCACCUAGUCAACGCCAUAACAAGAAAGGCAGCAAAUUUGAUAUGAAUUUUGACUUUGAUGAAAACUUAGAAGAAGAAGAUGACGACGACGAUGACGACGAGGAAGGCGAUGAUAUACACUCGCAAUUUUUUCAAUUACACGACGAUUUUGAUACGGAAAGUGCUGGUCCCAGUUCAAUUCACAAAGACUCCAAUGGCACGUCCAACAAUAACAGCAACACUUACACCAAUAACAAGAAUAGCCUCAGUAUUCUUGAUGACCGAGAGAGUCCUGACGGUACUUCAGGAAGUGCUUCAAGAUUAAGGUCGCAUUUUCCUGCGAGUCAAAAAGGAAAACUGUUUUUAACUGAAAGCAAAAAUGAUGGGCCAAAGUCUGACUCACUAAACGUGAGCAAGGGUACAAAUGGAGAUGGAGGCACCAAUAGAGGCAAUGGAUUAGAUGGAAGGGACGGUUCAACAGAAACCCAAAGUAACGAUAUUUCGGAUAUGGAAUCAUACAUUAAUGAGAAAGACUUAGAUGAUUUAAAUUUUGACACAGUCACCUCAAAUAUAAACAAAACAGUAUCCGAUCUGGGGGGACAUGAAUCAGCAAAUGAGGAAUCUGCAAACGUAAACGCAGCUUCACAAGGCAAUCACGCUGAUGGAGGUGAACGUGGUUCUCAAAGCCUCGCUGGAAUAUCUCCUGGCUCAUCAUACGGGAAGUCUCUUUUAGGGUCUGAAUAUUCCGGGGAACAAUAUUUGAAUAACGAGACAUCAACUAUAGAGAGCGGCGAAAUGUCUCUCGAUUCAGAUGUACAAACCAAUACUUUACCUUCACAUUCUAUACCAAUGUCCAUGCAAAAAUAUGGGAUUUAUCAUGGCGAUGAUGAUUCCACAUUGAAUAAUGUAUUUGAUAGAGCUGUACUGACUAUGAAAUCAUCAAGAACUCCCAAAGAAAGGCGUGAUACGGUUGCAUCGGUUAAAGAACCGACAUCCUUGGCCAGCUCCAAUAGGAAGUUAUCUGUUAGCUCGAACUUAACCUCUACGAAAUCCUCACUUCUUCGUGGACAUGGAAGAACUUCAUCAACGACCAGCAGUGAGCACAUGAAAGUCCCAAAGUUUUCUGAUGGUGGAUCACAUAGGCCCAGAAAAAUUACCUUGACAUUGAAGCAAGACCAUACCCAAUCUAACCUUUCUUCCAAUGCCCACAAGAUUUCAAAAGACGGGAACAUUGUUAUUGAAAGGACCACAGACUAUCUAGAAUCCAAGCCAAAAGCAUCCCAGUUAUCAAACUUGUUCAGUAAAAAAAAGAAAAGAACAAACACCAAUUCUACGGAUGUGUUGGAAUAUUUUUCUUUUGUCUGUGGGGAUAAAGUGCCAAAUUACGAGUCCAUGGGUCUCGAAAUAUAUAUUCAAGCUUCAAAAAAGUAUAAACGACAUUCUUUCACCACAAAAGUCCGGAAAUCGUCCACGAUCUUUGAGGUCAUUGGAUUCGCUUUAUUUCUGUACUCUACUGAGAACAAACCUGAUAAUUUCGAACAAGAUGGAUUGACCGUCGAAGAUAUUUCCAAUCCAAAUAAUUUUUCCUUAAAAAUUGUGGAUGAAGACGGUGAACCAUUUGAAGAUAAUUUUGGUAAACUGGAUAGGAAGAGUACCAUUCAGUCUAUUUCAGACAGUGAGGUUGUGCUGUGUAAAGUUAGUGACAUAGAGAAAUCUCGCAAUGAAAUCGAGACGCCUUUGCCGUUUGAUAUUGGUGGUGGCGUGAUUGAUGCACCUACUCUGGACAUUAAUAGCACUCAUGAUACGUCCGACGGUACCAUUAAUCAGUUGAGUUUCUACAAACCUAUAAUUGGUAACGAAGACGAUGUAGAUAAGGCGAAUGGCUCCAAGGUCAUUGAGGUAACAGUAUAUCUGUAUCCUAAUGUGAAUCCCAAGUUCAAUUACACCACUAUUAGUGUUUUGGUGACUUCACGGAUCAAUGAUAUCUUGGUAAAGUAUUGUAAAAUGAAGAACAUGGAUCCUAACGAAUAUGCACUAAAGGUGCUAGGCAAGAACUAUACACUAGAUUUGAACGAUACAGUGUUGAGACUCGAUGGUAUUAAUAAAGUAGAGCUCAUUUCUAAAAAGGACGUAAGGGAAUUGCAUUUGGAAAAGAUGAAACCAAACAUAAAAAAGCCUGUUUUGCCAACAAUCCAGAGCAAUGACUUAACUCCGUUGACUUUAGAGCCUCUGAAUUCAUAUUUGAAAGCAGAUGCUGGAGGAGCCGUGGCUGGAGUCACUGAGAAUGCGAAAACCGCAUCAAAGCCUAAGAGGAUUUCCGCGAAGUACAAACUGGGUUUAGCAAAGCAACAUUCAUCGUCAAGCGUUGCUAGUGGAAACGGCUCAACUGCAGGGGGUCUAGUGAAUGGUAAUGGAUUCUUCAAGAACAAGAAUUCAUCAAAAUCUUCAUUGCAUGGGACAUUACAGUUUCACCACUUAAACCGCUCACAGAGCACGAUGGAGCACACACCUGAUACGCCCACUGGGGUUGGGGAUAACAACUACCAAGACCUAUUUACCGGGGCAUACCAUAAGUACAAGGUAUGGAGAAGACAACAAAUGUCCUUUAUAAAUAAGCAUGAAAGAACACUAGCAAUUGAUGGUGACUACAUCUACAUUGUACCACCAGAGGGCCGUAUACACUGGCACGAUAAUGUGAAGACCAAGUCAUUACAUAUUAGUCAAGUGGUUCUUGUUAAAAAAUCCAAAAGAGUACCAGAGCAUUUCAAAAUUUUCGUGAGAAGAGAGGGACAGGAUGACAUUAAGAGGUACUACUUUGAGGCGGUGUCCGGCCAAGAGUGUACCGAGAUCGUGACUAGACUACAAAACUUAUUAAGCGCUUAUAGAAUGAAUCACAAGUGA